AUGGCUCUACUUUUGUUGCUCGCCGUCAUCUGGGCUUUCUCAUGGCUUCUGUGGCGUGCGUACCAGGUCCUCACGACACCGAAUGAGAUUCUAGUAGAGAAACUUGGCCUCGACAUCCCCCCCGCUCCGCUCCUGAUCCUGGAAGAAAUCUCCACGUCCGAGCUUUAUUUGACUUGGAAACAUGCAGAACCAUCUUCCUCCAUUCAAGAGCACUAUGUGGAGCUUAAUGGCGUCGUUAUCGGGACCACGAAGAAGAGCGAGAUGGGCGCCGUCAUAUCUAGCCUUCGUCCAGGCACCAAAUAUGCCAUUCGCGUCUUCUGCGUCAGCACUGGCACUUUUCAGACCCCUAGCGCUCCCUUCCACGUGCGCACCCCCAAUCUUCCCGAGGGGAAGGAGGCUCCCGAAUCGAUCCCGACGGUCAGAGGGGUUUCUGUGCGAAACGCUUCAACCACCACGCCUUUAGCUGCGCCCUCCAUGACCCGCGACUUGAGUGGAGGACAGCCCAUGGGGAGAAGAGGCACAAACGGCCGCAGACCAUCUCCGGGUGGCCAUGGCACCGAUGCGCAGGGUCAAGAUGCAGGGUCAAGAGCCGAGGAGGAAGAAGUGGACGACGAUCUUGCCGAGUUGUCACAACGGUUCCAAAAAGUUCAACAAGACAUCGAGGCGGUCGAGGCUCAGAUACAAGAAGAGGACCGGGAGUUCGAGCUUGCCAUGAAGGAGCUGGAAGCUCGCCGUGACGAAUUGAAACAGAGUCUCAAAGAGCGGGAUGAAGUCAGCAAUGACCUUCGCAAACAAGUGCACAAGGCGGAGACGCUCAGUCGGACAGCUCAAAACGAGAAGACCAAGAAAGAACGGUUAUUACAGCAGAAGGAGAAUCAGCGGAGGAAGAGGAAGGAUGACAUCUCUCGGUGGGAAGAGGCUACCGCUGCAAUGAAGGAGGAAAUUGCUGGUAUUGAGAAGCAGAAGGCUGCAAUUGAACGCAGAACGCAGUCCGAGCUUCGCGAAAUGCGCAGGAAAAUUGAAGAGGAACAGAAGGAGGUCGCAAUGUUGGAGGAGGACAACAAAGAGAAAGCACUGCAGAUCAAAGCUUUGGAAGAGGAACGCAAACUGCAGAAUGCCGACGAGGAGACGGACGAAACUAGAGAAGCCGAUCGUCUCGACCGCGAGCGUGAUAUGAGAUGGCGGGCAAAAUACGAUGGUCUGCAGCAAACCUAUACCCGGCUGUGGAACGACCUGCAAUUGGCCAACCAGCAAGUCAACUACACCAGGGAACAGAUAAAUCAGCUUGAGGCGCGGCGAGCGAAUUCGAUGGCAUUCGCACCCAUUGUACCGCUGGAUAUGGACGCCAUUCGACGGGGAGUGAGACCUAUCCGACGAGCAAGGCCGGCGGGUUCUCUUGGGAGCAGCAUCUCCUCGCCGCGGGGACCGUUUGCUGGGCCUGAGCCUUUCCCCUCGGGGUUGCAGUACACCUCUGCUCCCACCUCUUCUCCUACAGCAACUGCGCCGAGUUAUUUCAACCCGCAGAACGGGAUGACGCUGGCAAUGCCUAUGGAGAUGGCCCCUUCAACCCACGAUGACCCAGACGCCAUAUCUUCAAUCCCAAUGAGUCCUCGGGCUGACUCACUCCUUCCAGCUGAUCUACUUGGUGAUGAGUCUGCCGAUGAUUUUCCCGAAGCAGAUCUGCCGCGGCAGAAAGAGAAAACUGAGACAGGCACAACGCCUUUUCCUACGAUAGGGUCGCCCGUAUUGCACCCCGAUAGCGGUCGAACCGAAUCUCCUAGUGUUGGUUCUUCCUCUGGUAGGUCGUUCUCAAGUCCCAUUCAAACAUCUGCGCCUCCCGAAGGCGACGAGAAGUCGUCAAACUCUGGGAAGAAAUCAGAGGAGCCGUCUGAAGAAGAUGAGGUGAUUCAGCAACCAAAGAAACCCAAGUAUACCUCCAUGUCAUCCAUGUUCGGCCUCAAUCGUCAGCGAGGAAAGACUCUUGCCGAUCAACCACCCCCUCUUGGAUCUCUCAAGCCUAGUCAGAGUCAGUCCUUUCCAAGAAAUGUAGAAGAGUUCGAUCCGAGGCUAGAAACCAAAAGGCGGCUAAGCUACGGUGGAAAUUGGGCAUUCCCGGGAUCGACCCUCUUAAACAGCAACGGCACACCGGAAGAGAAAGAGCCAGCAAUUUCCCGCUUUGCUGCGACCCGGCGUGCCUUUGGAUUGGGCGGAUUUGGAAAGUCGGCUGCCGCUUCAGCGAACUACGAUCCUUUUGCCAUGAGGUCGGCAUCCUUCGACCCAGGACUGCGCGGUGACACUUCAUCUCCACGGCCAUCAUCGACUUAUUCCUUCGACAAAAUGCCACGACCGUCAAUGGAAAGCCAGUUUCGUGCGUGGAAUGACAAAUCGGCGCUGCGAAACAGUCCUUUGGCUCCAGACUGGGGUUCACUCCAUUCUUUUUCUCGUAGCCACUCACGGCGUCCUUCCAUUGUUUACGGAUCGACCAGCAAUCUCUCCCUUCCACAUGGGGACGAGGAAGUGGUCGAGCCAGAUCGGAAACCCACUCGUCCUCUCCAGGCGCCCAUCGGCACGCGGCCCGCGUCUUCUCAACAAUCUUCGACUCCGAAACUGAACCCAGCUGCUCCAUCAUUCACUACCCUCUUUAGCAGGCGGAGUGAGAAAUCCAAGGACAAGGACAAAAACAAGGCAAAAGAGUCGAAAGAGAAGGUGAACGACAUAGAAGCAGGCUCCCCCCCUGAAUCGCGAAAGUCAAAGGAUACCAACUCCAUCGCAGCGACCGUCUCCACCCUCGAGUCUGACACGCUCGAUAGAACCCAGUCUGGGACUAGCGCUCAUUUGUCCGUUGAGAACACACCGGUCAAACCGACGUUCAUCUCCAAAAUCACGCGCAAAGCCAGCAGCAAUAAGUUUGGAAGCUGGAAGGAUAAAGGCGGCUUGUUCUCUAGAAAGGAGGCAUCUGCUCCGAAUGGUGAGAACGAAGAGGAACAAGGGUCAACGGAACAUCUCGGAAGGAGUUUGGAAAGCACCUCGACGACCCCGAGCGCGGAGGAGAAGAAGACGAGUAGAACGAGUCUGAGCAAUUGGAAUUUUAUGCGCAAGAACAAAAAAGGGCUGAAGGAGGACCUGACAGCAAGCGAGAUUAGCGAGAGCAGCGAGCGGGCGAGCGAGGCCGAGGAAGUGGAGGAGAGAGAAGAGGAUGAACAGGCAUGA